CAACGUGGGAGGUGUGUGAGUGAUGAAGGCUGUGGUCGUGUCUUUGAUGGCGGCGGUGGCGGUCGGCCAGUCGGCCUGCCCUGGCUUGGAGUACAACGUCGACUACGACGGUUAUGACAUCACGUACACUGACCGCGCGACGCCAGCGGAGUGUACGGCGGACUGCGAGAGCACCCCCGGCUGCAAGUUGUUUGUGUGGUACCAGAACCGGUGCUGGCUCAAGUCGUUCGGAGGAUCCAAGAAGACAUCGUCGCCUGACCGUGUGUCGUGUGUGUUGACUCAACCCGUCACGGCGUCUCCCACGUGUGCGGGGUUGGAGUACAACGUCGACUACGAAGGCAACGACAUUGGCACCACAUCGCGCGAUUCAGCCGACGAAUGCGUGGCCGACUGCAUCCACACCCGUGGGUGCAACGUGUUUGUCUGGUACUGGAACACAUGCUGGCUCAAGUCUGCCGCCGGCCACAAGCGGUACCUCCAAGACCGCAUCGCAUGCGCGUUGACGGCGCCGGCGCCUCAGCCCACGCUUGUAUGUCCUGCCGUGUACUACAACGUCGACUACGAAGGCCACGACAUUGGCGCCACGUCUCGCGAGUCGGCCGACGAAUGCGUGGCCGACUGCCAAAACACUCCCGGCUGCAAACUGUUUGUGUGGUUCCAGGGCCAGUGCUGGCUCAAGAGCCAGAAAGGCAACACCCACUACCUCCCUGGCCGCAACUCGUGCGUGCUGGAGGCGUCCACUCCGUCCACUGCCACGUGUCGUGGCUUGGAGGCCAACAUUGAUUACGCCGGCUACGACAUCUCGUACACCGAUCGGACCUCCCCGGCCGACUGCACAGCUGACUGCCAAAAGACUCCUGGGUGCAAGCUGUUUGUCUGGUUUCAGAACCAAUGCUGGCUAAAGAACCAGCUGGGCGAACGACGUGAGCUUACUGACCGCGUCGCAUGUAUCUUGACAACGUCCUCCUCCGACGCACCUACUACACAUACUACUACUACGACGACAUCUGCUGCACCUACUAGCACCACCAGUGUGCCAGACUACCAGGACGACGACGAGAACACGGACGCGCCUACUACUACUACUACUCUCAAGCCCACGACUACGAUCACUACCACCACCACGGUGGAUGCACCUACUACCACCCGUGCCCCUCGCCCUUCCUCUGAGCCAAUCAAACCGCUUGAAACUGGUCCUCGCGGCACCGCUGCACCUGCCGGCACCCUGGAGCCGUGGGAUAGCCAAGGGACUCCUGCACCUACCACAGACAUCCCCGACCCGGAAGAGUACACGGAACCCCCGGCUGCACCCACCACAACCACGUUGAAGCCCCUGGAAACCGGUCCUCGCGGCACUGCUGCACCUGCAGGCACCUUGGAGCCGUGGGAUAGCCAAGGGACUCCUGCACCUACCACAGAUAUCCCCGACCCCGACGAGUACUUGGACAUAACUGUGUCCAACCUGUCGGUUCAGAAGGAGGUGACGAGUGUGGUGGGUCUUCUUGUGGCUGGCGUGGCGGUGGUUGCGUUUGUACUCGUGAUGAAGCGGCGCCGGGCGGCUGCUGCACCUACGUCUGCUGCACCUAUGGCCGAACGCAAGCGACUGUUGCAAGUGUAAAUAAUGUAAUAGACGUACGUAUACGUUACUCUGAAA